ACCAAAGCGUCGUUCAGUACUUAAGCAGCGGCGGAGCAAGGAGGCCUCAGCAGAACCGCAGCCAUGGUCGCCAGAGUCGCUCUCCUCCUCGCCUUCGUCGCCGCCGCCAGCGGAAACCCCGCCGCAGGGAAGCCAUGGCACUGGAAGUCCCCGAAGCCCCUCGUCGACGCCCGCGGACCCGCCCCCAAUGGUGGCAGCAGAAUCGUGGGCGGCAUUGAGGCCGUUCCUCACUCGUGGCCUCACCAGGCAGCUCUCUUCAUCGACGACAUGUACUUCUGCGGCGGUUCCCUCAUCUCCAGCGAGUGGGUCCUCACGGCCGCUCACUGCAUGGACGGUGCCGGCUUCGUCGAGGUAGUGCUGGGCGCCCACAACAUUCGAGAGAACGAAGCCAGCCAGGUCUCCAUUGUCUCCACCGACUUCUUCACUCACGAGAACUGGAACUCUUGGCUCCUCACCAACGACAUUGCCCUCAUCAGGCUGCCCAACGCCGUUGAGUUCAAUGAGAACAUUUCCACUGUCAAGCUGCCUGCCUCUGACGUUGCCGUGGGAACCACCGUCACCCCAUCAGGAUGGGGCCGCCCCUCUGACAGCGCCAGCGGUAUCUCCAACGUCCUUCGUCAGGUGGACGUCCCCAUCAUGACCAACGCCGACUGUGACGCCGUGUACGGCAUCGUCGGCAACGGUGUCAUCUGCAUUGAUUCCGAGGGCGGCAAGGGAACAUGCAACGGUGACUCUGGCGGCCCCCUCAACCUGAACGGCAUGACCUACGGCAUCACCUCCUUCGGUUCCUCUGCCGGAUGUGAGGCUGGCUACCCCGACGCCUUCACCCGCGUCAACUACUACCUGGACUGGAUCGAACAGAAGACCGGCUGCCAGAUAUUAAGUGCGAGGCUGUAUUGUAUUAAAGUUCAGUCAGAUAAACUAACACUCUUAUACUCGGCGGAGCAAGGAGGCCUCAGCAGAACCGCAGCCAUGGUCGCCAGAGUCGCUCUCCUCCUCGCCUUCGUCGCCGCCGCCAGCGGAAACCCCGCCGCAGGGAAGCCAUGGCACUGGAAGUCCCCGAAGCCCCUCGUCGACGCCCGCGGACCCGCCCCCAAUGGUGGCAGCAGAAUCGUGGGCGGCAUUGAGGCCGUUCCUCACUCGUGGCCUCACCAGGCAGCUCUCUUCAUCGACGACAUGUACUUCUGCGGCGGUUCCCUCAUCUCCAGCGAGUGGGUCCUCACGGCCGCUCACUGCAUGGACGGUGCCGGCUUCGUCGAGGUAGUGCUGGGCGCCCACAACAUUCGCGAGAACGAAGCCAGCCAGGUCUCCAUUGUCUCCACCGACUUCUUCACUCACGAGAACUGGAACUCUUGGCUCCUCACCAACGACAUUGCCCUCAUCAGGCUGCCCACCGCCGUUGAGUUCAAUGAGAACAUUUCCACUGUCAAGCUGCCUGCCUCUGAUGUGGCCGUGGGAACCACCGUCACCCCAUCAGGAUGGGGCCGCCCCUCUGACAGCGCCAGCGGUAUCUCCAACGUCCUUCGUCAGGUGGAUGUCCCCAUCAUGACCAACGCCGACUGUGACGCCGUGUACGGCAUCGUCGGCGACGGCGUGGUCUGCAUUGAUUCCGAAGGCGGCAAGGGAACAUGUAACGGUGACUCUGGCGGUCCCCUCAACCUGAACGGCAUGACCUACGGCAUCACCUCCUUCGGCGCCUCCGCCGGAUGUGAGGUUGGCUACCCCGACGCCUUCACCCGCGUCAACUACUACCUGGACUGGAUCGAACAGAAGACCGGCGUCACCCCCUGAACAGACCUCGGAAACACGAAUUA